AUGGCUUCUGUAUCAUCUUUCUUUCGGACCUCCUCGCGGACUCUCUGUAGACUGAGACAGCCGCUCAUCUACACCCCCGCAAUUCGGUCAUUGGCAACAAAACAUCCCAAGGGCUUCGUACCGCCCACCGAGGACGAGCUUCUGGAGCUCAGAGAACGGGUACAGGACUUUACCAGGCGUGAGAUACCUGAGGAAGUCGCUGCACGGACAGAUACGCAGAAUGAGUUCCCGGCUGAAAUGUGGAAGAAGCUGGGAGAUGCUGGCUUUCUCGGUAUAACUGCCAAUGAAGAGUAUGGUGGUCUGGGAAUGGGUUACCAAGCCCAUUGCAUAGUGAUGGAGGAACUCAGCAGAGCUUCGGGAAGUAUCGCUCUGUCAUACGCCGCACACUCGCAGCUCUGCGUGAACCAAUUAUCAUUGAACGGCACGCCCGACCAGAAGGCUCGGUUCCUCCCCGGCUUGCUGGCUGGUGAUAAGAUCGGCGCGCUAGCCAUGUCAGAGCACUCUGCAGGCUCGGAUGUCGUUAGCAUGAAGACGACCGCUAAGGCCGUAGACGGCGGUUGGGUGUUGAAUGGGACUAAGAUGUGGAUUACCAACGGCCCCGACGCAGAUUACAUUGUCGUGUACGCCAAAACAGAGCCGGAGAAGGGGUCCAAGGGAAUGUCCGCCUUCAUCGUGGAGAAGACCACGGAGGGCUUCUCGUGCGCGCGCAAGCUCGACAAGCUUGGAAUGCGUGGAUCGAAUACUGGAGAGCUCGUCUUUGACAAUGUGUUUGUCCCCAAGGAGAAUCUUCUUGGAGAAUUGAACAAGGGUGUUAGGGUUCUUAUGGAAGGUCUUGAUCUGGAGCGUCUGGUUCUCAGCGCUGGUCCACUAGGAAUCAUGCAAGCCGCUCUCGAUCUUGUGCUCCCAUACACCCACACCCGCAAGCAGUUCGGAAUCCCCAUUGCCCACAACCAGUUAAUCCAAGGGAAGUUGGCGGAUAUGUAUACCAAGCUCGCGGCAUCGCGCGCUUAUACCUAUGCAACGGCACGUCACAUUGACAACUCCGCGUCCCUGGCUGAAGUGUCUAUUCGCACGCAGGAUUGUGCAGGUGCCAUUCUAUAUGCUGCCGAGAGAGCCACUGAAUGCGCGCUGGACGCCAUCCAACUUAUGGGUGGAAAUGGUUAUAUCAAUGAGAUCCCCGCUGGCCGGUUGCUCCGGGAUGCGAAACUGUAUGAGAUCGGGGCAGGCACCAGUGAGAUCCGAAGGAUGGUGAUUGGGCGUGCUUUUAACAAAGAAUAUGCUUCAUAG